AUGGCCGGUGCCGCGGUGUCGACGGCCCUGCUCCCGCGCCGGCUGUGGCCGUCGUCGUCGGGCGGCGGCCGCGGCGGUGCCGAGCUGUUCCCGUUCCCGCUGCUUGGCUGGCCGGCGUCGGGGUCGGGCGGUGAGGCGCUGCGGGCCGCGUGGGACGCGGCGCGCGCGGCGGCCGUGGCGCCGGCGCUGGCCGCCGCGUCGUGGGUCUGCCUGGCCCUGUCGGCCAUGCUCCUCGCAGACGCCGUGUUCCUGGCCGCCGCCAGCCUUCUGGCGCGGCGGAGGCCGUACCGGGCGCCGGGCCCCAUUAUUGCCGGACCCACUGCCGAGGAGGAGGACGGGGACGAGGAGGCUGGCCGCAGCGUCGGCUACCCCAUGGUGCUCGUCCAAAUCCCCAUGUACAACGAGCGGGAGGUGUACAAGCUUUCCAUUGGAGCAGCAUGCGGGAUGUCGUGGCCGUCGGAUAGGGUCAUCGUACAGGUUCUCGACGAUUCCACUGAUCCGACGGUUAAGGAUCUGGUGGAGCUUGAAUGCAAGUUUUGGGCUAACAAAGGCAAGAACGUAAAAUAUGAGGUGAGGAACAAUCGGAAAGGUUACAAGGCGGGUGCGCUGAAACAAGGGAUGCUCUACGAGUACGUUCAACAGUGUGAUUUUGUCGCUGUGUUUGAUGCUGAUUUCCAACCAGAACCUGACUUCCUCAUGAGGACCGUCCCAUAUCUUGUUCAUAAUCCACAAAUUGGUCUUGUUCAAGCGCGAUGGGAAUUUGUUAAUCCCAAUGAAGUCCUGAUGACAAGGAUACAAAAGAUGACAUUAGAUUAUCACUUCAAAGUAGAGCAGGAAGCAGGUUCAUCCAUCUUUGGCUUCUUUGGUUUUAACGGAACUGCUGGUGUCUGGAGAAUUUCUUCUAUCAAGGAAGCCGGGGGCUGGGAGGAUCGAACCACUGUGGAAGACAUGGAUUUAGCAGUCAGAGCAGGUCUGAAAGGAUGGAAAUUCAUCUACGUUGGGGAUGUUAAGGAGGUGUCGCUUUGGAGGAAGCUCUAUCUGAUCUACAGCUUCUUUUUCAUUAGGAAGGUUGUUGCCCAUGUGGUACCUUUCAUGCUCUACUGUGUAGUAAUUCCUUUGUCUGUCCUAAUUCCUGAGGUCACUGUUCCUGUAUGGGGGGUGGUUUAUAUCCCAACAAUGAUAACGCUCCUUUAUGCCAUCAGAAGUCCAAGAUGCACCAUAUCAGAGAUUUUAGUUGCCAUCUUCCUCUUCUUCUGUGCCACAUACAACUUGGUUUUAGGAGACGACUUCUAUUUCGUUUACAUAUAUUUACAGGCAAUAACAUUUCUUAUUGUUGGCACCGGUUUCUGCGGAACAUCCAGCUCCAACUCAUAA